AUGUCUUACAACAACGAUUCCGGCAACUACAAUGGUGGAAACCAAGGCUCUGACUUUAGUAACAAUGACAACUACGGAUCAAACCAAGACAAUUACAGCGGUGGCAACAACUCUGGCUCUGGGAGAAACCAGGACGGCGGCAACGGUGGAUACGGCGGUGGAAAUGACAACUAUGGCGGCCAGUCUACCGGCUUCGGGGGCCAGGGAGGCAACGACAAUUAUGGAAAUCAGUCCUCUGGAAACUCGGACAACUAUGGCGGCAACCAAGGAGGAAACUCUAGUAGCAGUGGCAUCGGUGGUCUUUUGAACCAAGCUGAGGGAUUCAUCAAGCAAGCCGGUGCCUCCAACAACAGCAACAACAACAGCAGCAACAAUAACAGCAGCAACAAUAACAACAAUCAGCAAGCGAAUAGCUUCGUUGACUCAUUUGUCGACAAGGAGGUUGAUCAAUUCGCUCCUACCGGAACGGACAGUUUUGUGAACCAGGGUGUCAACAAUGCGGUCAACAACGCUAUGAACAAGUACCUGUGA